AUGGAGUCACUUAAGUCUCCCCUGUCAAAGGUCAAAGACAGGUUCACUAGAUGGCCUGAAGCCUUUCCUUUGCGUGACAUAUCUGCUCUAACAAUUGCUCGUGCUUUAGUAGCUAGUUGGAUAUCACGUUUUGGUGUCCCUUCUACAGUUACAACUGAUAGAGGCAGUCAAUUUGAAUCGUCUGUCUUUGCUCAACUCACUCGUUUAUUAGGUACAAGGACUUACCCAGCUGAACUAGUUUAUGCUACAACUGUUCGUUUCCCUGGUGAAUUUUUCUCUCCUACAAAUUCACUUUCACUCUCAAAGUUCUCGGACUAUGUUGCUCAACUCAACUGUGACAUGCGUUCUCUUUCACUCACACCAAAACCUCUUCAACAUCCUUAUGAUGGACCAUAUAAAGUAUUGGAACGUACCGAGAAAUAUGAUGUCAUUGAUAUCAAUGGUACUCGAGACACCAUAUCUAUUCGUUGUCUCAAAUCAGCACAUACAGACAAAAUUAGUUCCAUUAUUCUCCCUAACCAUGAUUCUCUCUUAACUAAUACUCCUCAUUCUCAUUCUACUUCCUCCUCUACUCCUUUGACUACUGACAGUUUUAAGGCCAACACUACACAUUUGGAGACUGACAGUACUUGCUUGGACACUGACACUAAUUGCUCCAAGACCAACGGUACUCACUUGGAUACUCGUUCUAGUCAACGCGUUCGUUUUCCUAAGCUACUCAAUACGUUCACUUGUUCUCUGGAAGGGGAGUACUGUAGG